AUGGCGGUGACUCGGGCCCUCAAGGCCUUGGCCGCCCUCACACUCGUCUCGUCGUCCAUCACCUCGGUCGCGGCAGCCAGCAACUCGAGCUCGGUGUGCACAGGGACGUCGAAAUGCAAGCCGUUCACCAUUGAUGUGACCUGGGGCAAACCGGACUCGGCCAUCGGCAUCGAGCGCGACGUGAUCCUGACCAACGGCUCGCUACCGGGCCCUCCCCUGAAGCUGAAGGUGGGCGACUGCGUUGUCUUCACCGUCAUCAACAACCUGGACACGGUGACGGGCGUGCAUUUCCACGGCAUCCGCCAGUUCGGCACCCCAUGGUCGGACGGCGUGCCAGGAGUCAGCCAGUACUCGAUCAAGCCCGGCACCACGUACCAGUACCAAUGGACGGCUGAAGAGUCCGGCACAUACUUCUACCACGCACACUACAAAGGCCAGAUGAUGGACGGUCUGUACGGAGCCAUCUUGAUUUCCCCGGCCGACGAUGCCGACACGCCCUUCAGCCAGAUCAGCGGUGACGCCACGGACCAGAAGCAGCUGGCGGCCGCGGCCGCGUCGCCCGAGACAGUCUUCAUCUCGGACUGGACGCAGUUCACAUUUGCCGAGUUCCUGGCCAUCGAGCAGGCUGCCAACGUCGACAUUGCGUGCGCCGACUCGAUCAUCCUCAACGGCAAGGGCAGCGUGUACUGCCUGCCGCCGGACGAGCUGUUGGCCAACGCGGCGGUGCAGACGCCACAGAUCCUGAACGGCAGCUCGCUGACGGCCAAGGGCUGCAUCCCGGCCAGCAACCCGCUGGUGCAGGGCGUCCAGUACAACCGCACUCUGUCCUCGCUGCCCAGCACCGUCUACGACACGUGCACGCCGACCACGGGCGCCAACUACACAUACACGGUCGACCCGGCCGACGGCUGGGCGGCGCUGUCGCUGAUCAACCCGGGCGGGUUCGCGCUGCUCAAGGUGGCCAUCGACAGCCACAAGCUGUACGUGUACGAGUACAACGGCAACUUCAUCGUGCCGCAGGAGGUGGACGACCUGAUCGUCAGCAACGGCGACCGCGUCUCCUUCUUCGUCAAGCUCGACCAGACCCCCGGCGACUACACGAUCCGCGUGGCCAACGACGGCCUGAACCAGGUCAUCUCCGGCUUCGGCGUCCUGUCGUACAAGGGCGGUAACGGCGUACCUGCCGGCGUGGCCGUGCUCAACUACGGCGGCCAGAACACCACCGAGAUCGUCAGCUUCGCCCCGGCCGCCGCUGCCCCUUACCCAGCCGUGCCGGUCGGCACUGGUGCUGCUACCAGCUUCGUGCUGGACAUCAUGAAGUCCGUAUCGCAGCCAUCCGACUCGUGGGCCUGGACCCUGUCCGGAGUGUCGUCGUACAACCAGUCGCGCGACGACGAGACGCCGCCGCUGCUGUUCCAGAGCCCGGGCUCCAUCCCGUCCAGCGACCUGAUUCUCGAGACCAGCUUCGACACGUGGGUUGACCUGAUCAUCAAGAUCGCCGGCCCGCUCGCCGAGCCUCACCCGAUCCACAAGCACGCCAACAAGUUCUUCGUCAUCGGCGCCGGCACGGGCGACUUCAACUACACUUCGGUCGCGGACGCCCAGGCCGCCGGCCUGCCCUUCAACCUGGAGAACCCGCCGUACGUCGACGGCUUCACGUCGAUCCCGGCCGAGGGCAGCGCCUCGUGGAUGGUGUUCCGCUACUACGUCAACACCCCCGGCGCCUGGCUGCUGCAUUGCCACGUCCAGUCGCAUUUCUCCGGCGGCAUGGCCGUCGCCAUCUUGGAUGCUGUCGACAACUUCCCCACCCUGCCCUCUGACGUCGGCAAGGUGUGCUCGUCGUCGUCCUCCAACUCGACCUCGUCGACCGGCAAGAGCUCCGGUUCAGGCUCUGGCUCUGGCUCGGGCUCCGGCUCCGGUUCCUCCACCACCACGGGCGCCACCACCACCUCGUCGCCGUCGUCUCCGGCCGCCUUCACCGGUGCUGCUUCGUCGACGACCGUCGUCGCCCCAUUCGGCCUGCUACUGGCGUUGGCCGUCUCUUUCUUGACCACGCAGUAA